AUGUCUUGGCUCCCCCGAACUCCGCAAAGCUCCGGCGCAUUGAACUUGAAUCCAGAACAGCAACUCGCCAACUCUGCUAUCCCAACACACCAUACCAUGGCGUCGAUAUGUCACCGCUGCGCUGUCCGCCUCCGCCAUGCCGCCCAGGCAGCGCCGACGAGGGCCUUCUCCACGACUCCCGCGGCGCAACGCGCUGUCCCUGCCUUUACCGAGUCGCCCAAUCCUGAACUGAACGAACUCUUCUCGCUCAUUAGAACGAAGCUAUUCCUACCCAACUAUCUGGACAGGCGAGAGAGGAACCUCAUUUUCAAAGAGAAGUAUAGGCAAAUGCUGCUAGACAAUCCACCCACCGUAGAGAUGGGAGAUGAGGAGUUCACGCUUGAACCGCUCGACAAGAGGAGAGACCUACCGGCCCGUUGUCCAACUGUUCGGAAAGCACUGGAUAUCAUGAUGGAAAAGGACAGCAAAGACUGGCACCAGUUACCGACUUUGAUGCAGGGUUUGAAACAAGGCCUCAACAAGCCGCUAAGACUCGAGACGCAAGAGAAGAUAAUUCGCAAGGCCGUACACGCGGACCAAAUGGGCGUAAUACUCCAAUGCUUGGAAACACCCGAGCGCACUGGCAUGGAUCUGAAACGCGAUGGCGUGCGGAGAACUCUGUUAUAUGGCCUGCGUGAACUGGCGCAGAAGAAAGAUUGGCAUCGCAAGGCGACCGACAAGGCUUUACGGAAUGCUAAUCUUGUCAGUCGGUUGUUGGAGAGUGAGGAGCAUGGCGGUGGAAGGAACUUGAAAGAGAAUGAUCCCAGGACGAGGCCUGAAACCGUUGGCAUCUUCUUGGAGCUGGCAGCUGUAUACGCGUAUCGACAUGCUGGUGCAAAGGACGACACAGGACUCGUGAAGGCAUAUGCGGAGAGACUGACGAGCUGUCUAGAGAGAGCGUCCGUUGAGGUGCGUACUGCUGAACCCGAGGUGAUGACGAUAACUGACAAUGUGACAGCCGCAUGGUCUCAACUUAGUGAAGAGGACUAAGGCGAGCGAAGACCGCGUAUCAACACAUGCUCGGCAGUGGCCAAUGCUGAGUGCGAUACCCAUCUGGCAUGGAAUAUUUCUGGCCCAGAAGAUCCUCGGUGAGGACAUGCCCAACAAUGCCAUCGCGACCAAAGCAAUUGCAGACUACGAGACCCGCUUGAAUGCGCUUGCGGCGGAACUGGAGUCCGAUGAACCCACGCCAUAUGGACAAGAGGCCUUGGCCGCGUGGAGAGCCUGCAUACGUGAUUGA